UCCUCCUCAUCAUCGUCAAAACACUCUCAAUCUCUCUCUUGAUCCGCAAUUCUCACAACACAACAAUUCAACCAUUUUUGUUGUGUCUACGAUGGUUAACAAGGAUGAUUUAGGCUUGAGCCUCAGCUUAAACUUUCCGGCAGCCCCCGAUACCCAUCCGUCAUCAUCGCACAUGAGCUCGAUGCCGCUUUUCGAUCCCAGAACAAUCAACUGGUCCGAUUCGUACCCGUCUUCUUCGUCAGAUCGGCACAACCUUGAUGCGUUUAGAGUCGAAACGAGGUCGUUUUUGAAAGGAAUUGAUGUGAAUAGGGUUCCGGCGACGACGGCGGCUGAGGCGGAGGAGGAGGCGGGUGUUUCGUCACCGAAUAGCACGAUAUCGAGUAUUAGUGGGAAGAGGAGUGAAAGAGAUGUUAUUGUGAACGAGAACGACGGCGAGAGAGCGUCGUCUCGAGGGAUUAGUGAUGAUGAAGAUGGCGACAACUCGAGGAAGAAACUCCGGCUAUCGAAAGACCAGUCCGCGGUUCUAGAAGAAAGUUUUAAAGAGCAUAAUACUCUGAAUCCUAAACAAAAGCUGGCUUUGGCUAAGAGGCUCGGAUUGAGACCUCGUCAAGUGGAAGUUUGGUUUCAGAACCGAAGGGCAAGGACGAAAUUGAAGCAAACGGAAGUCGAUUGUGAGUUCUUGAAACGUUGUUGCGAAAAUUUAACCGAAGAAAACCGAAGGUUACAAAAGGAAUUACAAGAAUUGCGGGCUUUAAAACUUUCACCACAAUUUUAUAUGCAAAUGGCCCCUCCAACCACCCUCACCAUGUGCCCCUCGUGUGAGCGUGUCGCGGUCCCAUCAUCGGAAAAGUCGGUUAACCACCAACACAACCGGGGUCAUGUUACAACUACGAACCAAAACCAGCACCGAACAUUACCGUUCAACCCCUGGCCGACACCUACCAACCAGGUCGUUCAUCGACAAAUGAGCGCACUCCAUCCUCGAGCAUGAUUGGUCGAAAGGGCAUUGUAGUCAUUUUAGCUUGGUGAAGAAAAGGCAUAAUGUAUGAUUGGGGUUUGGUUGGUUAAUUAGGAUCUAUAGAUUUGGUCUAAUUGACCAAUUUAAAUGUGGGGUUUAUGUUUACUUUGAGGGUUAGUUUUGUAAAAGUUAGUUUUUUUAGUGUUUAUAAAAUACUCUUCUUCCCAGAUUUUUAAGAGAAGAAAAGAACAAGACUCAUUGUUUGUAAGGGGAGGAAGAGACAUGUUAUUAGGGUUGUAAAUUCUCCUUACUAAUUAGUUAUUUGUUAAUUACUCAAUUAUCAUAA